GACGUUUAACGGAAGUUUAAAAUUACGCGCCACAAAAGUCAUGGAUGAAAAUUAUUUUAUUCCACCAUAACAUUGGAGUUGUCUAUGAAUUGUAGCUAUUUAGUGACAGGAUUGUUGAACGCGUUAUAACACAAUUUGACUUUUUGGAAGUAAAAUGUCUUUACUCAAACCAUUUAGUAAACUUCCUGGGCUUAACACGGCCAACAUACUGCUGGUGGAGAACGAAGAGCAAUUUCAGCAGAAGUUAGCUGACACUGUUGUUCUUCAAGAGAAGACUGUCAACGUCAAUGUAAGGUUGGCCAGAAGCCUCCCACUACCCAUGGAAAACGAGGAGUCUCGGCCACGGAUAGAUCUGGUGGUUUUCAUCAUUCACCUAACCUCAGAGCUUAGCUUCCAGUCAGCAGAGACCUCCCUCAAGUAUUUAGACCCAGGUUACUUCCAGGGCAAAGUCUGCUUCCUGGUUACCAAUGCUCGUAAUGUGUCAGUGCCCCCUGAGCGGCUGGUCUCUGUGAGGAAGCUGGCUGCAUCCCUCCACUGCCCCUUACUGUGUGCAGAGGAUCAGACAACAGAGGGGGUGACUACGGCAGCACACCGAUUACUGGCCAUUCUCAAGGUAGCGGCCGGUCUUGUCCCUAUGGCAACUGGUCUCUACCUGUCCACCUUGACCCGCUGCACUGUGCCCUCUGACAUUGACCAGCAGAACUUUGAGUGAUCUUUGACCUUUAACCCAGUCCAGAACAUCACCUGGACGAGCCAAGUCUGGUUGACCAGGUAGUUACAUGGACUGUUACUUGUGCUCAAUAGCUAUUGCGGUCUCUAAAACAGAUAAAUGUAACAGGUUUAUAUAGUGCACUGCCUGUGAUAUCAUAAAAAAUUUGUUUGUAUAUACAGUAUGUUUACCAUGCACUUAGUACAUUUUUUUAAAAUACAUUUUUGGUUUUGUUCACAUUGUUAAACUUUUAACCAUUUACAUUUUAUUUGCUUUGAACUCAUUUGUAAAGAAAUUGUCUUGUAUCUUUGUAAAUAUAAUUGAGGUUACACACUAACCUUACUUUUUAGAAUGUCACUUGUUGCUGUGUCAAUAUACUGACAUUAGGUGGAGUGCCUGCUGCCUGACGAAAGCCGUUGGUUCAAUGCCUCCAAAUUGCUUUCUGGUUGCUAUAGAAACAGUAUGAUAGAAAGGACGUGGUUUUCUGGGAUAUUACCAACAUAGUGACGAAAUUGAACCAUGCAAUUGAUGUCCCCUUAUCUUUCAUUAUGUAGUGUUUCUUUGACCUAUGUGAGAAAUAAACGGCUUAGCUAGUUGAUACAAUCUUAAAGAUGCUUUAUAAAGGUUUUGUAAAAUUUCAGCCAGUAGUUUUGAAAGUGCUCACGAGCCAAAACGUGUUCCUGAUAAUUGUGCACAAUUGUGUGUAACGUCAACCAUUUUGUAUGCAUUAAAAAAAUUAUACAAUUCAUACAAUAUGUUA